AUAGAUAGUGUUAGUCAAGUGAUUGAUAGGACCCUGAGGGAUAUCAAACUUAUGAUGAUUUUUCUUAAUGGGAGUGAUGACGAGGUUGACGUAGGUCCCAUGGGUAUUCCUCUACCAAGAUAUGGCGACAACAGGGUGAUAUGGACCUUUAGCGGAAGCUGCAUGUCCAUGCAUCAUAACCAAUCCAAGGUGGCAAGCAAGCUAAGAUCUACUGAGUUGUUUUUCUAUUGCUCUAUCGAAAAAUUGACAAGCUCACAGUUUCGUGGAUUGCUACAUCAACAAGCUGGUAGCAUAGUUGCUUGCAACCCAUGUAGGUUGGACAUUGACCAAAAAAUUAUUGCAGAUUGCUGUCUCUACGAGUUAUUCCUACACUAUAUUUUCCACACCAUCACUAAAUUUGAUUGGGUUUCUCAUGCUUCUAACUAUUGGAUAUGCGAUGGGAUCAUACAAUGGGAAAGAGCAAGGGAUAUUAGUAAUGCAUUGCAUCUAGAUAUAAAUUUGAAGUGUGACGCUUCUCUGCUAGAUCAUGUUCUUAAAAUGUUCAUGGAACAUUCAGAGUCUCCUUUUUUGGCAAUUAAAGAUGGCGAUCUCUAUGAAGAAGGCCCAUACCGUUGGAUUUCGGUCACGUCGAGAGAUGCAGAAGUACAUGGGAUGAAAGCAAUACCUGCAGAGGCGUCAUCUUUCUUCUUGGCAUUUGAAAUAUCCAAUCCCCCAAGAGCUUUACCAGGUGGAUUUUUUGAUUAUUGCAGCAAGCUUGGCGUUCUAACGCUUUAUUGUUGUGCGUUCAAUUUUGCUUCACCUUCUUUCCUGAAGUGUCAUGGUCUAAGAUUCCUUGGACUGGACCACUGUACAAAUGACAAAACAAUUGAAGGAGAACAUAAUACAGACUGGUUAUUUUUGUAUAGCUUGUGGGUCCUGGAUCUACGAUACACAAACUGGAAUGAAAUCUUAUCUGAAGAAAAGAUGGAUCUCAUGACCAAAAUCAAAGAGCUAAAUAUAGAGGGAGUCAUGGGUUGGCAGUGCAUAGCACACCUACAACGCCGGUUACCUAACCUCCAGAGGCUCCGGAUAAUCAAAACAGCAUGUGAAUGGGAGACAUCAGAUGAUGUCGAUAACUUCUUUAUAGAUAAGACAAGUAUGGAAAUACUGGACUUGUCUGGCAAUUGUGGCAUGAACAUUCUACCAAGAAGUCUAUCAAAGGCAAGUAGCCUCCGGUUGCUUGUACUUGAUGGUUGUGAUGGACUGGAAAGCAUUGGUGGGCUUCCUCCCUCCCUCGAAUCCUUUAGCUUUAAUGGAUAUGGGCCAGCUUCUCAGUGGACACAGAGUGUUGAGGUACCUCAGGAACAAUUUCGUCCAUCCAGCUCAACAAAUAAGAAUGAUGUCAUAAUAUCCAAGAUCUCCUUAGCAGGCUGCACACGAUUGGGAAAUAUUUUCUUGUGUUGGCUACCAAACCUCGUGGAAUUAGACCUCUCUGGAACAUCAAUCAAGAUACUUGACUUCAAGACUAUGGUGGUGCAAAUCCCAUGGCUCAAGCGACUGUUUCUAAUAGGAUGCAAGCACCUUCGUGCAAUAAGGUUUUUGCACGAGAGUGUUUCUGACUUGGAGUUGAUGUGCGUAGACACGCGAGCUGGAAUCGUGUGUCCUCGACCAUCCAUCAGCAAAAAUAAACCUUCCAGGUUGCAGGUGCAUGCUGUUUUUGUGGAUGCAAGGUUUACUCGCUCCUUGUGGCAUUUGAUAUGUAAUUCUAGACAAGUUGUUCAUCUUAAUAUUCGCAUCACCUCCUCACCUGCCUGCGAUGGGACUAUUCAAUUUGAAACAACCAGGAAGGAUAUUAUUGGCACCAGUGAGCAAGAGAGCCUGCAUCUUAUUUCAGCAAGCCGGUACAAUGAUGUCCUUGGGAUGGUUGGCGCUGCCCCAAUGCAGGCCUUUCCACAGCCUCCUACUACAAAAUUUGAUCAACAUGUAGAGAUUGCUGAAGGAAGCUUCUAUGUGGAGAGGGAACUUGAGAAAGAACAUGUACGCCGACUGAUGGGGACAUAUGUGGAAUCCCUGCAUGUGCAUGAUGUCUUGGUACGUGCUAUUAUGCCUCAUGAAUGUUGUUGGCACAAGCUAAGAUGGUGCUGCGUGGAGAGGUGCCCAAAAGUGGAUACCGUUUUCCCACGGAACUCAUUCUCAUUUACUGCAUUGGAGACCUUAUGCGUGUCAGAUCUCGUAAUGGCCCGCUGGAUUUUGAAUAAAGGUUCACACUUAAAUCAAUAUGGUGAACGUGAUAUCAGUUCCUUCCAAAAUUUACAGCACCUUCAGCUGCAUUCAUGCCCCAGCCUCCAGUUCGUGCUCCCGUUAUGGGUCUCCUCCUUCCCCUUCUUGGAGACCAUCCACAUCAUCCACUGCGGUGACCUCAGCCACGUCUUCAUACUGGACGAAGAGUACCCUGAAGAAAUAACUACCCAUGGUGUACCAUUCCCGAAACUGACCACCAUCCACCUGCACGACCUCCCGAAGCUGCAACAGAUAUGCGAGGUCAAGAUGGUGGCCCCUGCGCUCAAGAGCCUCAAGAUCAGGGGAUGCUGGAGCCUGCGCCGGCUGCCAUCCGUGGGGGCCCGUGGCCAUGGCAGGAAGAAGCCGACCGUCGAGAUGGAGAAGGACGUGUGGGACGCUCUGGAGUGGGACGCGGACCACCGCCCCGAGCACUUCGAGGCGCCGAUCCACUCACGCUACUACAAGGAGAAACUGCCCAGGGUCUCCGUCCUCAGGUGAACUCCGCACUGUGGUGUUUCCCCUGUCACUACGUGAAAGUGAUGGACACUGCUGCUGCUGGAUCAUGCGUUUGGUUUGGUUUGUGUGCCUGCUUGGAUUGGUAUUGGCCUUAUUAGGUGCGAGCUUAUGGUGGCUCUCACCGUUUAUUAUAUUGUGAAUUUCAAAUAAGAGACGGACGGGUUUGUGCCUGCCUACACAGACCUGGACCGUGCGUGUGCGUGUCGUUUGAGAUUGGAGCGGCUUUUUGCUGUGGACGCCUGCGUGCAUCCACCAGACUGCAUUUGUGUGUGUGUGGCUUUGAUGAAUGCUUGGUAUGCGUGUGUGCGUGUGGGGAAUUGUAACAGCUACCUGUGUGUGCCUGCGUGCAUCUACAAGGCUAGCUCGGCUGAACUGAACCAAGACAUAGA